CCUUGAAGGCCAACAAUAAGCCCAGACAAAGGAUAUCUCUGCUGGGAGCUCAUUCCAUAGGCCAGGAGCAGCUACAGAGAAGGCCUGGUUCAAUCUCACCACCAGAAGUGCCAAUGGUAACUCUCUGAAUGACUUCAACAUGCAAUGGGGUUCAUACCAUAGAAGACACUCUCUAAGGUCCUAGCCGCAAGUGGUCUGAACAUGCAACCUGGAAAUCGCUUUCAGGUGAAGGGGAACAUCUUACUAAAUGCCAAAGAAUUUGCUGUGAAUCUGGGCAAAGACUCUGACAACAUAGCAUGCUGCUUCAAUCCACGCUUUGCCAGCCAUGAUGGUCUGAACCUGACUCUCUUGAACUCGAAGCAAGAUGGUGUGUGGGGAGAUGAGAUGCAACACACCCUCUUCCCGUACAAACGAGGGGAUAAUGUUAAGAUAAUCUUUGCCUUUCAUGGUUCUGAGAUAAAGGUGAGAGUGGAAGACUGUUAUGAGACCUUCGGAGUAGGAAAAUCUCUUAAGCUGGUUAAAGGGAAAGAAGGUUACUUUGUGAAGGAGGAACCGCUAGGAGGUACUGUGACCUACAACCCCUGCCGCUGGAACCUGGAGUUGUUCUUCCCCAACCGACUGGGUCUAACAGAAUUCAAUUAUCUCUCGGUGGAGGGAGACUUCAAAGUCAAGGGUCUUAAAGCUCUCUAACCUUGGCUGCUCCUCUAACCUAACUAUGUAGUUGAAUAAACUCAAAUGCAUUUUUCAUACCA